UCAUCUCUCAACAGAUUGCAUUUUGGGUCCAAAUUUUGUUCAUUGGGAUAGGAUCAUAAUGCGACCAAGCAAUGGUGACCUAUUUGCGUCUGAGUUUUCUCACGAGAACUAUGACACUAAUUUUAGCAAGACGGUGAUGUUGUUAAAUUUCAGCCCCCGCAAGCACAACUUGCAAUCCCACAACUGUGUGAAGUCACUUGUGCGUUUAGAUAUAUUCAAGAAGGCUGGCAUCGUGCACAGGCCAAAACAGUGGGAGGGCUGGGAAUUGAAGAAGUGGCAGUUCUGGGAGCAGAAUCUCUACAAGAUAGAAACAAUGUGGUGCAGAGUUCAUCAAGAGGAGCAUAAGCAAAUGGCAUUUGCGCAAUCUAUGCGCAUAGAAUUUAAUCGUCUACUGCCGCGAAUAUCGGAUGAUGCCAUGCGACAGUACAUAGGCAUCAAAAUCGAUAAAAUUUUACCAGCCUUUUCAAAUCAGCAAGCAAGGCCCCUCCGUCGGCUUAAUUGGGUGGAGCACAAGCAAGAUAUGGACAAAUUAAUCCAUCGUUUGGAAAGAUUUAUGCAUAUUACCAUGGCAAUGGCUCAGGCGAUGGCUAACAUCGGUGAUAUGAUAAGAAAUGCUACACAUGAUCAGGAAUUUGCACAAUCUAUGCGCAUAAAACUUAAUCUUCUACUCCCGGGAGUAUCAGAUGAUAUGAUGCGACAACACAUAGACAUGAAAAUAAAUCAAACAUUUCCAGCCUUUUCAAAUCAGCAAGCAAGGCCCCUCCAGCAGCUUAGUUGGUUGUUGCACAGGCGGGAUAUGGAAAAAUUUAUGAAUCGUUUGGAAAAUUUUGUGCAUAUUACCAUGGCAAUGGCUCAAGUGAUUGCUAGCGUCGGUGAUAUGAUAAGAAGUGCUACACAGGAUCAGGGCACUACAAUUUCAGAAGCUGGCAUUGCUUCACAGAAUCACAGUGACGGCGUCGAUACAGACCUCAGACUUGGGAGCUUAGCAUGGCAUUCUCCUUAG